AUGUUCGUUGUCGCCUUUGCUACCGGAACGGACAUUUUCAUGUACGGUCUUAUCGUACCGGUCACGCCAACCGCAUUGAAAGAAAGAGUGGGCAUCGCAGAGGGAAAUAUCCAGAGCUGGACAUCGAUUCUUCUCGCCCUGUAUUCGGCUGCGUUGUUGGCCUUUGCGCCUGUUGUCGGGUACGUCGCUGAUCGAGCCGAGUCCCGUCGGUGGCCUUUGCUAGUUGGUCUCGUUGCGCUGGCCGCUGCAACAGCCCUGCUAUGUGUCGGCACUCACAUCGCGUUGUGGAUUGUUGGUCGCUUGUUUCAAGGUGCUGCCGCUGCGGUGGUAUGGACGGCCGGCUUGGCACUGAUGGUGGACACUGUCGGAAAAGACGACCUCGGCCAAGCUAUUGGAUAUGUCUCCAUGGCUAUCAGUGUUGGAACGCUAGCUGGACCUCUUCUUGGUGGAGUUGUCUACGAGAAUGGUGGAUAUUAUGCUGUUUUUGGCCUUGCUUUCGCUUUCAUCGCCCUCGAUAUCAUCUUGCGAUUGCUGUUGAUCGAGAGAAGACAUGCUAUCAAAUGGCUUGCGCCGGAGAUGACACCGCUCUCUGUGCAUGGAGAUCAAUCCACCGAAAAGAAGUCGGGAGAAACCUCAGAACGUCCCAACUUGCCGCGUAUCGCCAUUUUAUUGAGCUCGCCCCGUCUCGUCGUGUCCGUCUGGGGAUACUUCAUCCUGUCAAUUGUUCUGACGUCAUUUGACAGUGUCCUUCCGCUCUUCGUGCAAGGGACAUUCGGGUGGCAGCAAAGCGGCCAGGGACUAAUCUUCAUCCCGCUCAUGGUGCCACACAUCUUAGACCCACUGACGGGGUUCGUUAUCGAUAAUUACCCCAAAUCCUGUCGCUACCUCGCCGCAGGGGCAUUUCUCGCUUCCGUUCCCGUGAUGGUGCUCCUGCGCUUCGUCACAGAUAACUCGAUGCAGCAAAAGAUUCUCCUAUGUGCCCUUCUCGCUUGUGUUGGGCUGUGCUUUGCGGUGGCUAUGCCACCUCUCAUUGCCGAAGUCUUCUUUGCUGUGAAGGAGAAGGAAGAUAAAACUCCUGAUAUCUUCGGUCGCGGUGGCGCUAUGGCUCUAGCUUUUGGACUGUCAAAUAUGGGGUUCGCGUCUGGGAGUCUGAUCGGGCCAUUCUUUGCGGGUUUUAUUCGUCAGGAGGCUGGCUGGGGGGCGAUGGGUUGGGCAUUGGGGUUGAUAGCUGGCAUAUCAUCUGUCCCAAUCCUGUUGUUCGUGGGUGGCUGGAUCUUGAGAAAGCCGGUCGAGUCAGAUAAUGAAGUCCAAUUGAUGGACAGCGCCCCUGGCCCAUGA